AUGACCGAUUUUAUUUUUGGUGAUUUUUCUGAACAAGAAACAGAAAAAUUCUUUGGUCAUGAUAAACAAACUGUAACAAUAAAUGAACCGGAGUUCCCAUGGGCAACUGAUGAUUGUAUGACAACAACUAUUGAAUUUGGUUUUGACGUGCCAUCUGUCAUAUCUCCGUCAGGUGUCGGAGCCGUUUCAUAUCCAAUGUAUAAUUCUUGCAAUGGAAGUUCAUCUCAUCAGGAAUCGACAGGUUCUGCAUUAACAUCUCCACCAUAUUCAUCUAAAAGCUCAUCAGUAGAAAAUUUAAAAAUUACUAAACAAUCAUCAUCAUCACGUAACCAUCAUCAUAGUGAUAGAAAAUUAAAGAAAAAACGUCCACCGAAUUAUUAUCGACAAGAAUAUCAACAAAUGCUUGAACAAUCUACACUUCAACAACAACAACAACAACAACAACAACAACAACAGCAACAACAACAAAUCAAUGGACAGAAUGAUGAAACAACGCCAACACAAAUAUGUUCCAACGAACAAACACCACAAAUAGAACAAAAUGCUAAUGACUCUAAUUUAUUAUUACUAUCUACUAAUGAUGAUAGAUACAUUUCAUGUGAUCAAUGGGUAGAUUCAACUAUGAAACAUCAGAUGGUAAACAAUGACGAAGAUCAAUUAUCAUCAAAACAAUCAGUUGAUGAUGACGAUGAUGAAAUAGAUUCACAUGGACCUGAAACAACAACAGAUACAGAUAAUGACAAUGAUCUUCUUCAAAGUACAUCAACAACUCGUCCAAGUUAUCCCGUUAACAUAAUCCCAACCGAUAAAAAAUCAGAAAAUAAAUCAAUUCAGAAUAGCACUCAAAAUCUAUUGAGUACACCAAAUCAAUUAACAAAUGAUUUAAAUAUUUAUUCUACGUCAGUUGCCAGUGGAACAUCUAUUGAAACGUUAAAAGCAUCAAAUAAUCUAUCGUCACCGUUAUCUUCACCUAAUAAACAAAAUGAUUUACCAAAGUCAAAACCAGUAUCAUGGGCAGAUUUAUUUCGUAGUCAGACAUCAGCAGCAGCAGCAGCAGCAGCAGCAUCGCCAUUAUCAAAUACUCAAUCUCCUCUUCCACAACAAACAACUAGUCCAAAUAAAAAACUCCAAACUGUUUCAAUACCUGUUCUCAGUGGAACACAAACUUCAACAACAUCAUCUCAACAACAACCGCAACAAAAUGGAAAUAUUACAUCAAAAACAAAUACAAAUAGUUUUUAUUCAAAACCAAACUAUCAUGUUUAUAAUAGCAAUGGUUUAGAAUCGAAAUCAUUAGAAGAUUAUUUUUCCAAAUGUGAAGUACGUCCAUCAGCUAUGGCUAUCAAACCUCGUGGUCUAAUUAAUAAAAAUAAUUAUUGUUAUAUUAAUGCUACUUUUCAAGCACUACUUGCUUGUCCUGCUUUUUUUAAUGUGAUGAAAUAUAUCCCACUAAAUGAAGAUUCUGCUGAUCAUAAUGUUCCAUGUAUGAAAGCUGUUCAUGCAUUUGUUAAUCAAUUUGAAAAAAUGGAUCGAAGUAAAUCAAAUUCAGCGAAUCAUAAAGACAUUAUAUGUGGUCAAGCAUUUGAUCCAACUGAUAUUCUUCAAGAAAUAGCUCGUUUUCGUCAUGUAUCUCUUGAUAUUGUUAAAACAAAACAAGAAGAUGCACAUGAACUAUUGUGUCAAUUGUUAAGUGAAAUUCAUGAUGAAAUCUGUUCAGUUUUGUAUGACACAGCAAUAAAUAAAAUCGACGAAUCCUCGUCUACAUCUGAUGUAGCAACACCAGCAACAAGUUUAAUUCAAAAUGGAGAAGAAAAGUCAGAAGAUUGGCUUCAAGUUGGUAAAAGAAAUCGUACACAUGUUCUUCGAACGAAUGAAAUUCGGAAAAGUCUCAUUGCCGAUAUCUUUACUGGAAAAUUCCGUUCAACAGUACAUACUGCCGGAAAUCAAAAAUCAGUCACACACGAACCAUUUUUUACACUGUCACUCGACAUUAAAGAUCCAAAAAUCACAUCACUUGACGAAGCUCUCCUACGUUUUUGUGAACAAUCAACACUUUCCGAUCAUAUUGAUAGUAAAACUCGUCAAAAUGUUCAUACAAAUAAAACAAUGCUUAUCGAACAAUUACCACCUAUUCUUAUUAUACAUUUAAAAUGUUUUUACGAGGAAUCAGAUGGAGUAAAAAAAGUCAAUAAAUCAUUCAACUAUACAGUUAAUUUAACAUUACCAAAAGGUAUAUUAACUGAACAAGCGCGAAAGCAUUCUCAUGAAAGAUACAAACUGUUUGCUGUUGAAUAUCAUCGAGGUGAACGUGCAACCGAUGGACAUUAUUUAACCGACGUAUUUCAUCCUGGUCUCCAAGGAUGGCUUCGAUAUGAUGAUUCUCAUGUUCAUGUUGUUACAUCAAGUCAAGUGAUGAAUUCAUCAGCUGAAAAACUUACGCCUUAUUUACUUUUUUAUCGUCGUGGCGAUUAG